UCAAGAAUUUCUAGGGAAAUUCAAGAACGGGAGACUAGAAUUCAACCAUGCUUCCUGGAUUUCGGUUCGAUCCUACCGAUGAGGAGUUAGCAGGUCACUAUCUGUACAAGAAACUCACUGGAAAGCCUUUUGCGGCAGCGGGGAUGAUAGUAAGUGACUGCCAAUUAUAUGGAAGAGAAGAGCCCUGGGAAGUCUGGAAGAGAUUCGGUGGUGACGAGAGAACUGAUGUUAAGGAUCUCUACUUUUUCACUGAAAUAAAGAAGAAAGCCUCGCAGAAGAAGAACACAAACGCUGAUUACUGACUUUAUUCUUUAGAGUUGAUCGAAGUGUUGGUUACUGGUAGGGUAACUGGCAUAGAGAAGAUUCUGGGAAAAUUUUUGAAGUCACGGCUAGGGCAGAUUUUGAUUGUAGGAUUAAGAUAGAAGCAACCAAGAAAAGGUUCAAAUACAAAAACAGAAAUUCAAGCCACCAUUGCGGUUGGAUCUUGUUUGAGUAUAGUUUGCCUGAUUUGAACCGUGAAUUAGUGCUCUGUUGUUUGAGGAAAAAUGGGUCUAAAACAGGGGAAAAAAAUAAGGGCAAGAGGAAAAUAGAUGAUUGUGAGGGUGGUGAAGUUGUAAACUGUGAGAUGGUUAUUACUGGCAAUAAGCGUAUCAAGGCUAAUGACAAUGAAGCGGAGUCCUACUAUAACCAGAUUAGGGCUAAUGGAGAUGAUGAUUGUUUGGUUAUAGCUUCUGAUUUUGAUGAUCAAAUGGGUACUGAAUUUUGGGCUAAUAAUCAAGUAGAAGAACAACAAGAAGUAACAUCAGAUUGUAGUAUCAUGAGAGCAAACGGAGAUUAUGGGAAUUGGGUUAUAGGUAGCGAUUUUGAUUAUCCAUUGGGAACUGAACUUAGGGCUAAUAAUCAGGUAGACGAGCUUGAACACGUUGUCUCAGAAUGUAAUGAUAUCUGGGCUCCUGGAGGUGAUGAAUGUUUGACGGUAGGCGCUGAUCGCGAUGAGCCAAUGGAUACUGAAUUUAGUGUUGAGGAGCUGCUGGAUAAUGCUAAUACCUUUGAAUUUGAUCAGAUCGAUUAUGGCGAUGAGAAUGAGGAUUUUUUUGCUGAUAUGUAGAAAUUUCUGGGGUCUGAUU